GUCGCGAUGUGGAGCGGUGGAAGGCUGAGCUUUCGUGGGGUUCGUCUCUUAGAGACGCUUAGUUUGGGCUGUCCCCGGGCAGUAGCGGAGCCGCCUGGUGCAGCAUCCUGGUCGGCUAAUUCAGGGAAUCAGCUCACUAGGAAUCUACAGAUUAAGUCAUGGGAAUUGAGUGAACACAGGACCAUGCAGUUUAGAUCCUACAGCAUGACUUUUUCCUGUCUGACCAGACUAAAAACUUACAGGCCCCCUUGGGAACGCUUAUACAGUACUUCACAAACAACAGUUGACAGCAAGGAGAUGAAAACCUUCCUGGCCCUGGCUCACAAGUGGUGGGAUGAGCAAGGGACAUUUGCGCCUCUACAUUCUAUGAAUGACCUGAGGGUGCCAUUCAUUAGAGACAAUCUUUUGAAGACAAGUGCUAGUCACUAUCCGGGAAGGCCUUUGUGUGGGAUGAAGAUUAUGGACGUUGGCUGUGGUGGUGGCCUAUUGACUGAACCUCUAGGACGAUUGGGGGCUUCCGUUGUUGGAAUCGAUCCUGUGGCUGAAAACAUUAAGAUAGCACAGCACCAUAAGUCAUUUGAUCCAGUCCUGGAUAAGAGGAUAGAGUACAAAGCAUGUGCCCUGGAGGAGAUUGUCAAUGAGACUGCACAAGUGUUUGAUGCUGUUGUGGCUUCUGAAGUCGUAGAACAUGUGAUCGACCUUGAAAUGUUCAUACAGUGCUGCUAUCAAGUAUUAAAACCUGGUGGCUCUCUAUUCAUUACUACAGUCAACAAAACACAGCUGUCCUAUGCCCUGGGAAUUGUUUUCGCGGAGCAAAUUGCAGGCAUUGUUCCAAAAGGCACUCACACAUGGGAGAAGUUUGUUUCACCCGAAAAGCUAGAAAGUAUUCUGGAACCAAAUGGUCUGUCAGUUCAAACUGUGGCAGGAAUGCUCUAUAAUCCCUUCUCAGGGUACUGGCAUUGGAGUGAAAAUACCAGUCUUAACUAUGCAGCGCAUGCUGUGAAAUCCAGUGCACAGGAACACCCCGAGCCCACGGAGCCUGCUUUAAAGGGGAACACAGAAGUGGCCCAGGCUGGCGCCUCCAGUAGCCCAUGUGUACACGAGGAGCUGAAGCAAUGAGCUAUCUCUGAGGACAGUAGUAAUAUGUUUAAAGUUCAUUGCUUACAAAUUCAAAAAGCUUAUUUUUUGAGUGAGAUCCUGAAGAACAAAAGGUCAAUAAAAAAAAAUAUCUGAAUCAUCGGAAAAAAGUUU